CCAUACCAAAUCAAAUCAAAUGAACAAAAUCAAAUCAAAUGAACCACAUGACACGUACAAUAAUAAUUUAUAAAACCACUAUCACACACAUUUGUUCGUGAAUCAAAGUCACUACUUACUCAUUUCCUUUCAACAGAAAAAAAGGCAACAAUAACAAUUCCACUCUCUCUAAUUAAUUUACAAUUUCUUUUGGGCAUUUUAUCGAACAUUGUACGAUAAAACUUAAAAACUACUCGAAAAAGAGAAAAAACAAAAACAAAAAACACAAUUUCGAUGGCAGCGAUUGGGGAUGUUGUUGUUCGUAGCUUCUAUUAUUUCUCUUUCAUUAAUCAACGAUCAUACAAUUACAAUUUACAAACACCUUUUCUAUUAUUAUUAUUAUUACUAUUAUUGUUAUCGUUGUUUUUGCAUAAUUUUAUUCUUCUUCUUCAUUUUCCUCCCUAAUGUCUACUCCAAUUGCAUUAAUUAUUGCUUUUUGUUGUUCCCCAAAUCUAACCGUUCAUCUCAAUCACAGACUCUCAUUUCAAGAGUGAAAUUGGAACACCUUCAAUUAUUUCCCCUAGAGAGAGAGUGGAUGAAAUGUUAGAGAGAGAAACUCUGAAUUCACGCGUCCAGCUACCCCUUUUGGCUCUGAUUUUGCUUUCCGUGUUCUUCGAGGGUUUUUGGUUUCUGGGUUGUUUCUGAUUUUGGGGUUUUGGGUUUCUCUGGAACAAAAAUAGUUCAAUUUUGUUGUUGGGGUUUUGUGAGUAAAAAGCUUGAUAUUUGUGUAUGGAGGGUGUUUCUGAAGGAGAGAAGAAGAAGGAGCCAGUGGAAGGAGAGAAUAAGAGCAAGCGCAAAAUGAAGACGGCUUCACAGUUGGAAGUUCUGGAAAAAGCCUAUGCUGCGGAGGCUUACCCUUCGGAGGCUUUGCGGGCUGAGCUAUCCGUGAAGCUGAGUCUGUCUGAUCGUCAAUUGCAGAUGUGGUUCUGUCACCGGAGACUGAAGGACCGAAAUGCCAAGAAGCUGCAAAAUGAUUCAUCCCUUGCGGGGGCUCCGGCGGUGGGUGAGGAGGGUGUUGAGCAAGUGACAGGGGCUGAUGUUGGGCGUGAUUGUGGUUUAGCUUCUGGGCCAUUCGAUCAUCUGGAUUCGCGGAAAAUUGUUCCUCGGCCUGGGAUGACGGCCUUUCCUAGUAUGGGAGCUGGAUUGCCAGCAGUGGUGGGCAGCAGUUACUAUGAACCACCUCAGAACAUGGAUGUGCUGCAAGUUGUUGCAUUUGUGGAAAGACAGUUGGGGGAGCCGAUAAGAGAAGAUGGACCCAUCCUGGGGAUGGAAUUUGAUUCUUUGCCGCCGGAUGCAUUUGGUGCACCAAUAGGGAUAGUGACAAUGGGGCAACACAGGCAAUGUGGAGGUCCUUUUGAGGCGAAAAUUUAUGAACAACUGGACAAGGAUGUUUCAAGGACUCUGCACGAAUACCAAUUUAUUCCAGAGAAGCCAUCUGUUAGAAAUGAGACAUAUGAGAGAGUUGCCCCCUCUAUCCACUAUAGUUCCCUUGAUGGCAUUCCACAUUCUAGGACUUUAUUAUCUAGUGGACGAUCUUUCCUCAAUGGGAAUGAAUCUGCACCUUAUGGAUACGGAAUUCAAGGUCAUUUACCUGGUCUAAAUCUUUUGUCUCGGCAAGGUAGGCAGAAUCAUCUUUUGCCAUCUGCUUCAGGAGAAAAUGAUGGCAUUCCACGAAAGAACCCAUUUGUUGAUGUAACAGCUGACAUUCAUAAUGGGGCUCACCCAAUAACUCUGAUUGACAGCCCUCUAAUGCCAUCUGACGGGAGGGUUAUCCACGUAGAGGAAUUAUCAAGGCUUCAAAGGAAGCGAAAGAAUGAUGACACUAAAAUGCAACAAGAACUUGAAGCACAAGAGAGAAAAAAUAGAAAAGAGCUUGAAAAACAGGAUAUUCUAAGGCAAAAGAGAGAAGAACAAACAAAGAAAGAAAUGGAGAGACAUGAACGUGAAAGGCAGAAGGAAGAGGAAAGGUUAUUGCGUGAAAGGCAGAAGGAAGAGGAAAGGCUAUUGCGUGAGAGACAGCGAGAGGAGGAGAGGUACCAAAGAGAACAGAGGCGUGAACAGGAACGGCGGCAGAAGUUUUUACAGAAGGAAUCAAUCAGAGCUGAGAAACUGAGACAGAAGGAAGAACUACGCAGGGAGAAAGAGGCAGCCAGGAUCAAAGCUGCCAAUGAGAGAGCUAUUGCUCGCAGAAUUGCUAAAGAAUCAAUAGAACUUAUUGAAGAUGAACGCCUGGAACUCAUGGAGUUAGCUGCAUCAAAGAAGGAACUCUCUUCGAUACUGGCUCUUGACUAUGAAACUAUUCAAAAUCUUGAAUUCUAUCGAGAUGGACGGGCAUCCUUCCCACCCAAGUCUGUACAGUUGAAAAGAAUAUUUUCAAUUAAACCUUGGUCAGAUUCUGAUGAGAACGUGGGUAAUCUUCUGAUGGUUUGGAGGUUCUUGAUUACCUUUGCUGAUGUUCUUGGAAUAUGGCCAUUUACCGUGGAUGAACUUAUACAAGCUUUUCAUGACCAUGACCCAAGGUUGUUAGGUGAGAUUCAUAUUGCACUUCUGAAAUCCAUUAUAAAAGAUAUUGAAGAUGUUGCAAGAACACCCUCUACUGGGUUAGGAUGCAACCAACACAGUGUUACAAACUCUGGUGGGGGGCAUCCACAGGUAGUUGAAGGGGCCUAUCUGUGGGGUUUUGAUAUAAGAAAUUGGCAGCGGCAUUUAAAUCCCUUAACAUGGCCAGAGAUUUUGCGACAAUUUGCUUUGUCAGCAGGAUUUGGGCCCCAAUUGAAGAAACUGAGUAUUGAGCAGGUGCAUCCUUGCAAUAAUAAUGAGGGCAAUGAUGGUAGAGAUAUAAUUUCUAAUCUACGCAGUGGAGCAGCUGUUGAAAAUGCUGUUGCUAUUAUGCAAGAGAAGGGAUUAUCUAACCCCAGAAGAUCUAGGCAUUGUUUGACACCUGGAACUGUUAAAUUUGCUGCAUUUCAUGUCCUUUCUCUUGAAGGAAGCAAAGGCCUUAAUAUAUUAGAAGUUGCAGACAAGAUUCAGAAAUCUGGACUUCGUGAUCUUACAACAAGCAAAACACCAGAGGCUUCUAUUUCUGCUGCUUUGUCUAGGGAUACAAAACUAUUUGAAAGGACAGCUCCUUCAACAUAUUGUGUACGUCCUGCAUAUAGAAAGGACCCAGCUGAUUCUGAAGCAAUUUAUUCUGGUGCCAGGGAAAGAAUCAGGAUGUUCAAAAGUGGAUUUGUGGAGGCAGAAGCUGCUGAUAAUGGUGAAAGGGAUGAAGAUUCUGAAAGCGAUAUGGAAGAAGAUCCCGAGAUUGAUGAUUUAGGAACUGAAACAAAUGCAAAAAAGGAGAGUUCCAAUUAUGAGGGAUUUAAUGCAGACUCUGAGAUGAGAAAUAGAAAGGACAGCGUUGAGGUUUUGCAAACUCAUGAUACUAGCCUUGAGAAAGUGGGUGAGGAUUUAGCUUCAAUUGUUGCCAAAGACUUUAAUGAACAUAAAGAUGUUAGUACCUCUAGUGGAAUUGCUGUUUGCAACAAUGAUGUGGUUGAUCCUAAUGUCAAAGGAAUAGCUGUUGAUGAAAGCAUUCCAGGUGAACCAUGGAUACAAGGGCUUACAGAGGGAGAGUACUCGGAUCUUAGUGUAGUUGAGCGUCUUCAUGCUCUUGUUGCUUUGAUUGGUGUGGCAACUGAAGGAAAUUCAAUUCGUGUUGUACUUGAGGAACGUCUAGAAGCAGCAAAUGCUUUAAAAAAGCAGAUGUGGGCAGAAGCACAGCUUGAUAAACGCCGUAUCAAAGAGGAUUACUUUGCUAAGAUGCAGUCUGUCUCUUAUUUGGACAAAACGAAUGAGCUGACUGUUGUAUUUCCCUCAGCAGAUAGUAAACAUAGCCCAGUGCUUAUUGCUGAUGAUAAAAAUAGUAAGGCUUUGCUCAAUUCUCAUGACCUGCAUGAACAGAGCAUUGAAUUACAGGAAAAUCAGAAUCAUCUUCAGAGUUCUCCAUUAAAAGUCAAUAAGCAGAUGCAAGAUUGUUCUACUGGCCCAGAUAAUUAUUCUUUCCAACACUCAGGAUAUGUUGUUGAAAAAUCAAGGUCAAAUUUAAAGUCAUACAUUGGUCACUUGGCUGAGCAAACUUACAUGUAUAGGUCAUUGCCUCUUGGUUUGGAUCGAAGACGUAAUCGAUACUGGCAGUUCACAACAUCUGCUCAAAAUGAUCCAGGUUGUGGCAGGAUUUUUGUGGAGUUGAAUGAUGGUCGUUGGAAGUUGAUUGAUUCUGAAGAGGGUUUUGAUGCUUUAUUGGCUUCUUUGGAUGUACGUGGGAUUAGGGAGUCCCACUUGCAUAUGAUGUUGCAAAGAAUUGAGACGUACUUCAAAGAAUUUGUUAGAAAGAAUGCCCAAAAUGUUAACAUGAGAAUGCAAAAUGGAGACCCUGUCGAGAGACUCAAGACAGAAUCUGUUGAAAUGGCUUCAAACCAAGAUUGCAGUGCUAAUAUUCAUGGUUCUUCCUCUGUAUGCAUUGAUAAUCUGGAUGCAUCAGAGACCUCAACAUCUUUUGUGGUUCAGCUUGGAAGAAAUGAAGCUGAUAACAAAGAUGCUUGUAUGAGAUAUUGGGACUUUGAGAAAUGGAUGCGAAAGGAAUGUCUAAAUUUCUCAGUACUUUCUGCAAUGAAGUUUGGGAAGAAGUGGUGCCACCAACUGCAGUCCAUAUGUGAUUUGUGCCUUCAUGCCUAUUUCUCUGGGGGAGCUCCAUGCUCUUCCUGCUGUAGAACCUUCAGUGCUUGUAAGAGCAACCCUAGUUCUUCCAAACAUAUUGUUCAUUCUGAAGGCAAAGUGAAGAUUGACAUUGAUUGUUUUCAUGCUUCGUCCUCAUUGUCUUUGAGGAUCAGAUUGCUCAAAAUCUUAUUGUCAAUUGUUGAGGUAACCCUUCCCCUAGAAGCUCUGCAACCUCUUUGGAGAGACAGCUGCAGGAAAUCUUGGAGUACAAAGCUGGAUGCUUCCUCAUCAAGCGAAGACCUUCUUCAGAUAUUGACGGCAUUGGAAGGUGCUAUAAAGAGGGAGUAUUUGGAUUCAAACUAUGAAACUACUUUUGAGCUGUUGGGUUUGUUUAGUGCUUCUGGAUGUCACACUAAGGAUUCCAUUGAUGGUGAAAGGAUGUCUGUACUUCCAUGGGUUCCAUAUACAUCAGCUGCUGUAGCUCUAAGGCUCCUGCAACUUGAUGCAUGUAUCUUUUACACCUCACAGCAGAAGCUGGAGUCUGAGAAGGAUAAGAAAAUUGGAAUUGUGAUGAAGCUUCCAUCAAAACAUGCUUCUGCCAGAAAAUCUUACAAUGCUGGUGCAAUUGAAACUUCACAUCAGGCUGAACGUGCUGUAGAGAACUGGGUUGAUCUUGGAGCUGGUCUUACGAGCUGCAGCAGAGGACAAAGGACCCAACAGGGCCGUGGCCGUUCUCAUGGUGGAAGAACAUCAUCAAAAAGGAGGGUGGUUAGUUCAAGAUCCGGUUCUAAAAAGAGAAGCACUACCUCUAGAAGCAGGAAAAUGGGAAAAUUACUUGAAUGGAAAGGGAGACCAUGCAGACAAGGAGGAAAUGCCCGUGGUCCUCGUAGCAUUAGAAGCUGGCAGAAAUCAGAAGCCAAGGUGGAUGUGAUCACUGGUGAGAGGGAUACCCCAAAAGAUGUCAUGGAGGAAGCAGCUGGUAUCUUUGUCCAAGAGGAGAUUAAUGAAGGUGAAAUGGAAGCCGCUGCACUAAAUGCUAGUAGUUCAGAGAGAUCAGGCUAUGAAGAUGAUGUUUAUCAAGAAAUAGGUGAUGAGUAUGAUUAUCUGGUGGACAAUAAUGAUGGAUAUCAGGGUGUAUUUAGUGGGAAGUCUGAGAACUUAUUACAUGGAAGCCACUAUAAUGUGGUUGGUAAGGAAGAUAUGGAUAUUGAUGACAAUGUUGACGAUGAUGAUGACGACAACGGGAAAAUUGAUCUUGAUGUUGAAGGUUACAUAAUUGGGGGCAACUCAGAUGCAAGGGACAGGAAAGAAGAAAAUGCAGAACAAAACAUGGAUCUGGAUGGAGUUGGUUCUACAUCAUCAGACUAUAGUGAUUAAUAGUAUCAGUCAUUGCAAGUGACUCCACAAGAGUAUGUAGUUAAAUUUUGAAGGUUUGUUUAGUAAUGUAGGCCAGUGAUUUGUGAUAUACUUUGUAGAUUGCAAAAUUAUGAAAGAAAAUGUUUCUCGUAUUUUGAAAGAGAAUAUCCAUCA